GUCGAGCAGAAAGGCAACGCUGUCAUGACGACAGCUGCCAAGUGGCAGCGUGCCCUCGCAGACACCACCGCCCGCAUCGACACGGAAAAGAAGGUGGCCUAUGACAAGGGCGUGUCGGACCGCGAGGCUGAGUGGCAGCGCGCUGCUGCUCUCAUCAAGCAAGCGCAAAAAGACGAGGUUGACGCACUAGAGCGCGACUCCAGGCAGGCACUUGCCGCAUGCGAAGAGCGGUUCGGCUUGCUCUUGGCUGCCAAAACCCAGGAGCUACAAGCUGCAUGCGCUGCCACCGUGGACGCAGCGGCUGCGACUGCCAAAGUGGAGCGAGAGCGUGCGAUCGCUGCAACGCGGGACGCGGUCGUCGAGGCAACCGAAGCCCGCGUCAUUGCUGAAUGGACCAAUCGCAUGAAUGCGGCCGCCGUCGCGAGUGACCAGCAGCUGCGCGACGCCUGUGCCGAGAUCCAAACUACGAUGCAGAACGAGGCCGAAGCGCAGCUUGCAGCUGCCAAGGCACGGUGGAGUCAGCUGAAAACGGACGAAAUCGCAACGCUACGGGCUGCGUUACGCAGCGACCACUACCAACAGCUCCAAGACGAACUUGGAAAGGUUCGACGUGCGCACGAGACGCAGCUGGCACAAUUGCAGUCAGACCAGAGCGCCGCAUUGGCCUCCACUACCGCGCAGCUGCGAGCUGACGCAGAUGCGGAGCUCCAGACGCGGCUUCGAGCAUGUCAGGAGACUGCUAACCAACAACACGAAGCAGAGAUGUCGCUCGUCCAAGAAGAGAGCGAGAAGCUCAUCGACAAGGUCGAGAUCGCCAUGCAGCAACUCAAAAAGCAGAAAGAGACGACGGAGACGGAGCUACAGCGAGUGACGCACGCCCUCGAGGAAGCUGAAGACGCGGCUUUCGAUCUACAAGAAGAGAUGAGUUCGCUCAAGAAGAAAUACGUCAUGCGGCACCUCCUCCUCCUGCGCUCCGGGCUGCAAAAGAUGCAAAUCAUGGAAGACGAGCUCGACACAAAAGAUAUGGAGAAGACGGCUGCUGAUCGGGCGUGGCAAGCCAAGUUGGAAGCUACGACCAGUGACUUGUCGAGCCAGCUCGCACAAUCCAAGACCACGAUCGACAAGCUUCACGAGGUCUACACUACGGUGUACGAGACCUUGGUCAACUACCGCCGCGACGAGCUUGUGCAGCACCGAAGCGCUAGCAAUGUCGUCACGAGUGAACUUGACGUUCUGCACGCCCAGAUCGACCAAGUGCUCCACAGCAAAAACGAGAGCGAUCGCGAGAUCGAGAAGGCCCAAGCAGAUCUCGGCACCCUCGAGGACGAGCUCAGUGGCAUCCAACUUAUGAAGGACGGUCACGUCAACCAAGCCCAAGUCGCCAGGAAACGGCGGCUGCAUCAAGAGACGGAAGCGCUGUUGGAAGCCAUCGACUCGAAGAAAGCCAAGGCGCGCAGUGUCGAAGUCAAGCUCAACGAGCUCUAUGGGCUCCAGCGCGCCAAGGAGGAUGAGAUGAAGGGCCUCGAGCGCCACCUCGUCACGAUUCUCGUCGAGCAGCAGAAGCAUCUUCUCACUCUCGUCUCGUCCGUCAAGAGCAUUGCCGCCGUAUAAUUAGUGUCAUAUUAUCCACAAUAGAAACCAGCGUCUGAUCGUGUCGAC